AGACAAUUUCCAGCUGACAACAUGGCGAAUGUAAAAGAAAGGGUGUUGUAUUGCAAGAAAAAAUUAGAACAAGGCGUUGGAGAAGAAAAGACUCUUCACAUUCUUCACAAAUUAGAGAAUGUUCAAGUGACUGUUGACCUCUUACAGGAAACAGGCAUAGGCAAAGUCGUCAAUGGCCUUAAACGAACUGAUGGAAAAAUUGGGGAAAAGGCUCGAAAUAUUGUUAGUACUUGGAAGCAGGUAGUGUCUAGUUCAGAGAAUGCAGAAAAGGAACAUCAGCAUCAAAGAAAUAAGGUACCUGAAUAUAGUCAAAACAAAAAGUCCAAAACCAUGGCACAAAACUCUGUUGUACCCAGUCAUCACAUUUCUACUGGGUCAAAAAGAAAGCUUGUUGAGAAUGAGGAUGGUUUAAAUCCUUCAAAAUAUAGAUCUUUACAUAAUGACAGCUCAGAAGUUUAUACUAAUGAGUACCGUAAUAAAUCUGGAGAUACCCGAGGUUCUUCCAGAAGUAGGUUUGGAAAUAAAUAUUUGGAUAGUUUAACAAACAUGUCAGAAGAAGAUGAAGAGCAUGAAUAUGUUCCUAUGUAUGUAGACUCCAAUGUUAAUCGCAGAGACUCUCAUGAUGAGUUCUCAGGCAGUGAAGAUACCACAGAAACAACUAAAUGGAAUUCUUCAACUUUGAUUAAAGAAAGAGAAAGCAGAGUUGAUACUAAUCACAGAUCUGAGCAGAAACAAGAAAAUGUGGAACAAAAUUCCACUAAACGGGGGAUUGAAAAAAGAUCUCUUGACUGUAUUUCUUUUCCAAAAUUUUCUGAUGAGCACUAUAAAAAAAUACUAAUAAACAUAAAAACAAAAGAACUAAAAAAUAAAGAAAAAAUCCACAAAAAAAAAGAUGAGAAAAAUGGAAGGCAUGAUAGAAACAAUUCAGUAAACCUAGAAUCCCAAGUUAAAAAGUCAAAAGCAAAAGGGUUGACUGAAGAUAACUAUACAAGUAAGGAAAUGCCCAAAACUAUCAAAAAUACAAAGAAACUCUUGAAGAUGGAGUGCACUGAAGGGUUUACAAAUUCAGUUGCAUCUUUUGAAGAUUGUCUGGGAUUAAAUGAUAAUAUGAAGACAAAAAAAAAGAAAACGGCAAUUCCAGUAUCUCCAGAGAAAACUACUCAUAGCAAACAUUCAUCAACAGGGAGGGUGUCAAGUAAACAUACAAAAACCUCUACACAAGCUUCUGAAGAGCCCAAGAAAAAAUCCAAGAACAAGCAUAAAGAGUCAAAACAAAAAGUGCCUCAUUCUCAAGAAAACUCAGAAUCCAAGUUAGGGAAUAUGCCAGUAGCCUUACAAGAGCCUCAACUUACUCCCUUGGAUAAAGUUGAUGUCCUGUCAACACUUCCUGAAAUUCAACCUAAUUAUAGACCUUUGAGGCUUCCAGAACAAGAGAAUUUGCCAAGCAGGAAGAAAGCAGCAACACUAACCCAUGAAGAAGCUAUUUUGUUUACUUCAUCAAAGAAAGACCGAACUGCUGUUUACUCAGGCAGAAAGACUGUGUACUUGUCUGAAGUUCCUACCUUGUAUGAAGCAUGUGUCAGGGUGCUUAUUGACAAUGUAGAAGGUCUUGCAGUAACAGGUGGGGUACCUUAUGAGCUACUGAAACCAGUUUUAGAACGGUGCAGUCCAACACAAUUAUACACGUUAGAAGACUAUAACCCCUAUUUGGUUGAAAACACAGAUGAGCUAUGGGAAGUGCACUGCAAACGAGAUUUUAGAGGAAGGAAUCCAGAUGAUGAAGAAACUUGGCGAGAACUAUACUUGAGACUUUUUGAUGAAAGAGAGGCUAAGCUGAAGAGAAUAACAGCAAAUAUUUCAAAAACAAUGUCAAAGUACACUCCAGAACGACAAACAAAACUAGCUUAUGUCGACACAGCUGCUAAACCUCCUCGUGAAGUAGCUCGCAAACAAGCCAAGCUUGGAACAGGACUUCCAGUUAGUCACCCAAUGAAAGCAGGGCCACUAGGGAAAGGAACACCUCGUCCACAAGCACCAGUGAUAAAUGCAGCGAUGUCUAGUAGCAGCUCAUCGAAUUCAUCCAGUCAGUUAAAGAAACCAAAAACAGCACCAUUGAUGCAAAAAACUUUGAAACUCAUGAAGAAUAUCAGGAGAUAAAAAAAAUGUUGUCUGGACAGAAAAGGGUAAUUUGAAUAAAAAGAAAAUUUCAAGUGCCACGAAGAAUUUUUUAAAUAUGUUUUGGUAUAACAAAGAAAUCUGUAUAUGUUUGGAUACUUGUCUGUAGUCUACUGUUGCUUCAGUACAUGUGAAUGUUGAGCUGUCAGAAUCCAACAAAACUGAAACUAGAAAAGAGAUGCUGAGAGUUAAGAGGUUGCACAGGUUGAAAGUAGAAUUGAGCAUGACAUAACUUUUACGUGAACAUUUUGACAAUUUUUUCUUGCAUUAUUUUUUUUAGAAGCAGUUGCCUGUUAUGUACAUUACUGACAAUUUCAUGAUCAAAUCAGUUACAUGAAGGUUGAACAUGGUUGUGUGAUUUGAAUAAAGUUAAAAUUAAAUGUGUAUAGCACUUAUUGCAUGUAAAUGUUUAAGUGAAUAGAGGCUAUCUUUAUAUAUUUAAGUAUGUAAAAGUACUGUUCAUACUAAGGUAUUUGUCUUUCAUACUAUUACUAUAUGGUGAAAAUAUAUUAUUUACUAUUUUAAAAUUAGUAUUACAAUCAAGACAGAACUAUUUUUUCUUCUUGUGAUGGAAAACUCAACUUUAAAUGUGUUAAACUUUUGUUAUUCUACUACCUACUAGAGUACUGAUAAUUACACACAACUGUAGCCUGUUAAUGAAUUUUCCUAUCGUAUUGUGAUUGCAGUUUUUAAAGUUGCAUUUUUAGUGGCAUAAUCUACAUCUAUUUUGCAAGAUAUGAAUAUCAAAUUCCUACAGAUAUCACCCAAAAUCUUAUGUUUCUACUUGAAUUUGUAUUUUUGUAUAAUUUAAUCUAAAUGUAAAAAAUAAAAAAAAUCUCAGACACUGAAACUAAUGAUUAGGUAUUUAAAAUAUUUUUUUAACAUAACACAGUACAUGAUGAAAUAUUCGUUUCUGAAUUUCUUGUAUCUAGAUCAUGCCCAUCUUCAUAUUUGUAGGUUGGAAAAUUAUUUUACAUCAUUCACAAACUUUCUUCUAUCUUUAUUUUUGACAAGCAAAAAAAUAUAUCUAGUUUUUAGUUGCAAAUAGAAACAUAUUGCCUAUCAUUUCUCUAAAGGUUUUCUUAUGGCUCAUCCUCUUUAGACUUGAGGCAGUUGUUUAGUGUCAUUAUGUAAAGAAUGUGACAAACAAAAUCAGAUAAAAGUCUGAUUUUCUGAUUCAAUCUUUAUGUUGGAAUUAAACACAAAUAAUAAAAUUCUUUGCAAAGCUUAAUGACAUGUUUAUUUUUACUUGUGUGUGGAAGCACAUUAUGCCAAUAUGAUAGGAAAUUUACAAUCAAUAAUUUAUAAUCAUAAUGAAGUGGUUUUAUUUUUGAAGAACAUAUUACAUAUUCUCUGAAGAAGACCAACUAAUGUUCUGUUGAAACAUGUAGUAUGUUAUCCAAAAAUGAAACCACUUCAUCAUGCUUAUAAAUCAUUCUUUUUCAGUUUACAAUGACAUAUUUAUUAUAUUUAGUUAUUUCUUAAUAAUUAACUGUGCACUGUACAUAGCAUGUAAACAUUUUGAGACAAUCAAAAGAAACUAUUUAACAACAGCAAUGAACAUUUGCUAAUCUGUCAACUAAAAAAACUUCAAGAAUAUAUUGAAAACAACAGCAAAUUGUUCAGUUUGCACUUUAAUGAAAUAUUUGUUUUAUUCUAGUAUUUAUAAAAUUCAAUAGUGAUGAAAGAGGUGAAUAAUUUCAACUGAAGUGAAAUUUAUCUGAAACAGUGUAAGUGUGAAAAUAGUUUUGAUCAAAAGUGUAUUACGUUUAAAAAAUAAAUUGGUGUCACUGUUUUCAGAAGUUAAUUUUUAUUCUUUAUCAAGGUAGACUUUAGUUAGAAAUACUUUACAAAAUAUCACUGCAAAAUUUCUGAUAAAUAUAAUUAUUGACACUCAGCAUUGUAUCUAAUGGAUGAUACAGGAUACUUUAAACACUUUUUAAGAAAUAUGUAGAUUGAAGUAUCAACUACUUACCUCUUUUGGUUAGAUUUUUACGUAAAUUGUAUAUAACGCAGGUGUUUAAGUUUUAUAAGUUUUCAUUUUAAAAUUCUAACCAUCACUGCUUGCUUAUAAAUCUGUAAAGAAAUGGACAGUAAAUAUGAAAGUAUGAUUUGAUAAUUAUACAUUUUUGUGUCUUAAUACUUUAAAUUAACUGGAAGAAUAGUCAAUUUUUGACUAAUGAAUGAUUAAAAUGUUGUUUGACAACAUAUUUUUAACUAAUUUUGUAUUAAAUAAGUGUAAGCUCCCCAACAUUUAGAAAUUUACUUAUGUUGAGGACAUUAAUUCAUUGUACAAAUAAAAAAGUACUUGAGCUCGAUAAAACUAAUACCAAUGAUAUAAAUUAUUGUGACUUGUCAUUAGAAAUACCUGCUAAAAUUGUGUGAUUGAUAUUUAACUUUUCAUCACUUUGUACCUGAAAAUUUUAAUAGUAAUGGAACAGAUACAAAGUUGAUAACUUAUUUAGGUUAUUGGCUUAUACAAUUGAUAUGGAAAAGGGAAUGCUCAAAUGAAAAUAUAAAUGAAGUUUUUAAGACAUUAUGCUAGAAAAUUAAGCAAUUUGUUUCACAUUUAUUAACUAACAUAAGAUAAACAUAAAUUGAUAAAAUUGAACCAGAAGUAACGAAGAAAGGUUUUCCCUCUCUUUGCAUUAAUGUUUUGUUUACAUAUGUCUUGAUAAGUUAUUGUACUGAUUACUACAUAAAGGGUUUUAAAGAAGUGUAGAUAUGAAUAAAAAUAUAUCACAGAAGUAAAUAUAUAUAUACAUGCAACGGAGAAGUUAAUAAAAGAAUCUUAUAAUUUUGAAAAAUCACUGUCUACUGAUCAUGGCAUAAAAAUGCUAAGUGGAUAAAAAUAUAACUAACCUUUUUAUAGUUUUCUUAAUUUGCUUUAUGAAGAUAAUAAAUAAAUAUUUUUUGUUGAAUGUGUUGACAUUGUGGUCCAAGUUUCAGAUUUUUGUGAUGCUUGUAAAAUAUUUAAUUGAAUUGAUUAGAAAAUAAAUAGAAAUGUAUUUGUCUGUUAUUUUCUGUUAUACUGGUAUGAUAAGUUUAUUUUCUUGUCCAGUAUAUGAAUUAUGGACUAGUCCUUUAUUCAGAAGUGAUUUAAUUAACAAGCAAAAUACUUUUUUACUAGUGUUAUAUUAAGAGCUGAAGUUGUUGAUAUUUUGUGAAAGUUAUAUAAUGAAUUCUAAAACUUAAUUGCACAUGGCAAGUUCUCUUUUUCAGUGUUGUGAAUGUGUACAUUUAGGUAUUAGUUUAGUCAGUUUUUGAAUAUCCAAACAACAUACGUUGAGAAAUAUUUGUGCUGAAAAGAUUUUUUCAGAUGGUAAUCAAGACUGGAUUGUUAAAUUCCCAUAAUACCUUGUAGUGUUGUCAAUUUGUAUGUAUAGCAAUUAAUAAACUUAACAACAGGCUACACGUAUCUAAAGAAAACAACAACAACAACUUAGAGUUAAGUAUUAUCAUACUUAAAUUCACGUAUGAUAUUGUUAUUCCUAAUUACCUAUAUCAUACGUGAAUCAAUAAUGACUAGCUUAAUGUGGGUGGUACAUCUUUAUUAUAAAGUAGAUGGUGAAUUUAUUCAUUUUUUGUGUAAUAUGUAGAUUUUAUUCUAAAUGUUUCUAAGAAAUAUUAACAAUGAUAUUUUCAGAUUUAUUUAACUUGCACUGCAGAUUCUCAAAUUUAAAAUAGAAAGUGUGUCUAGGAUAUCUCUCCUCUUUAAUGUUCUCAUGUUUUCUGACAUUUUUUCUAGACACUUUCUAUUUGGUGACAGUUGUAUUUUGUUAAUUCAGAACAGAUCAAAUCAGAUUCACAAGAAUAGGAUCAUACCAUUUCAGAAACAAUUAAAAUAUAUUUGUUCAUAGUGCAUCUACCUGGUUAAGAUUCAGUAGGUUCAUUUGAGAAUGUUGAGAAGACCAUUCUUUUUUUGAGAGAUUGGUAUUUUGAUAAAACUUUUUGUAUCCUUGUAUACUGCUCCCCAGUGGCACAGUGGUAUGUCUGUGGACUUACAACGCAAGAAACCAGGUUUCGAUACCCAUGGUGGGCAGAGCACAGAUAGCCCAUUGUGUAGUUUUGUGCUUAAUUCCAAACAAACAAUCCUUACAUACUUUGGGGCCAUUAUAAUGCAUUAUGAUAAAAAAAAAUUUAUUAGAGUAGCCCAAUAAUUGGUGGUGGGUGCUUUUAACUAGCUUCCUUCCCUCUAGUCUUGUGAGAUCAAAACUAAGGAUGUCUAGUGUAGAUAGCCUUUGUAUAGAUUUACAUGAACAAAAUUGAACAUUGAAACAAAUCAAGCCAAAAUUUCUUUAACUCGCUCAUGACUAGAAGGGUGUUGCAAAAUUGCCUCAAUUUCAUUCUCUUCACAGUGAAAAACUAAGAAUAAUUAUUUUUGCCAAAUAUUUUUUCUAGUUUCCUUGCAUCUAAUUUUGAUUAAGGGAAGCUGCAGUUAAGAAAUUAUUGCAGAUUUUCUUGUCUGUAAUGAAGAUUUUCAAGAGAUAGAAGGUACAGUUUAUUAAAGAUAAUGUAAUUUUUACCUGAAUGAGUUCAGCAUUUGAAAAGCUUUUUAUUUGAGAAAAUCAUUAAGUAAUGUAAACAGUCAAUUCAGUGUUACAUAUGUAGUGUUCUAGGUACUGUACAAACAGCUAUAAUGAGCAUCAAAUUUUGAGAUACUCUUUGUACUUUUGUUUGUUUUACCAACACUUAAUAUCUCAUUGUCAGAUAUAAACAAGAAUAGAUGGGGAUAUUUUUCAGGUGAUGAAAAAAAAAGAAAAAAUAUGCUGUAAUUAUAUUAUAAAAUAACUACAGUGUAUGCCUUUCCUACAUUGUUGGUUGUGAAAUAAUAGUUGAAGUUAAUAUCACUUUUUGCUAAUGUGAACUUGAAGAAAGGUCACCAUUGUAGGUUAAUUCUAUGAAGAUGUAAACUCUGAUAGCAUUAAGGAAAGAGAGAAAUAAUACUUUCUAAAGAAUUAAAUAAAUUUAUUUUCCAGUCUAUCAUAAUUAUUUUUAAUGUAAAUGCUUUUUAUUCUAAUGACACGCUAUUUGAAUUACAUUUUUAAGUGAAUGAUAAUUUAGUUAUAUAGUGAAUUUGAGUUUCAGUGAAGAAUAUAAGCAUGUAACAAGACUAAAUGAGAUGAGACUAAUAUUAAAGUUUAAAAUAGUGUUAUAAAAUGUUAAGAUGCAUUACAUUGCUCAGUUAAUAUAAGUUGUGUUGAUGUUACCAGCAGAAAUUUCUUCUCUUGAUUCUGACGACUAAGAAUCAUGAACUAUGACAGAAUGUACUGGUGUGGUGGUAGAUUAUGGUUAUUUUCAGUUAAAAAUAAGUACACCCAUAGAUGUUGUGUGUGUUUGUGUGUAAAUACACAUGCAUACAAACAUAUGCAUACAUACACACACACACACACACAUACCAUCUUGAACAAGUCCAAAAAUUUAUUAUACAUAGUGGUAGGUACAUUGAGAUUUUUUAGACAUCUGUUUUAAGAUGACAGAGUAUGUCAUAAGGUGUGGAAAAUGUAUGGAUAUUGUGCAAAUUUUGUUUUUCUGACCAACUAAAGAUUGUGUACUGAAUGUGAUGUGAAAGCAAAAUAAAAGAAGCCUAUUGAAA